GGAAAAUUGUGUAUUUCCUUGUUUUUAGACUGAAGAGCGAUCAGUCAGUGAGUCUGUGUCACCUAAUAACACAUUAAGCCGCUACCAAAACAAAAACAACCGGUUUGCAACGCAAGAGACCGGGUCAUCCCCGAAUUUCGGCUCUCUUCAAAUUCAGAUCGUGAUUGUGAUGAAAAGCAGUGGUGUUUCAUGUUAAUAUGUAACUUGAUUAAACAUAUCAUCAAACAUUGGUUUAGUAAAAAGUUUAAUAGUUUUUAACAUAUUCUUCUGCAGUAGUAUUUACUGAAAUAUAUGCACAUUUCUUAUUUUGAAACUGAGGGGACUUACACACAAUUUCUAUAUGAAUUGUUUAAAAAUAUGAUCAAAAACUAUUACUCAGCCAGUUGUGAGUUAGAGAUGUUUACGGACUUGUGACUAAGGAAAGUUUAGACAAGCGAAAUAUUUGUGGAUUUUUUGUCUGAUAAAUUAAAAUUUUAAUAUAAAACAUUUUUUCUGUAGCUUCAUGGUCACCUUAAAAAUUUUCACAAAUUUUUGGCUUUGGUGAUAAAAUGAAAGUAAAACACGAGGAGCAUGAUUUCGAGGUAUACCUGUUUGAUUCCCACGCGAAUGUGUCAAGAGCGUUUAUUUACCCCUUAAUUGAUGGUGUCCUUUUGGAAAGACGGAAGCAAUCUCCUGGCUGUUAGUCUGCACUUCCUCAUUUCUACGACAGUGGGUUAGUGGUACCCACUGACUACAGACAACCACCUUCACAACUGCUGUGGAAGCCAGACAAGAGCCCAUUAUUCCGAGAGUCAGACCAGAGUAAAAACCAGUUUGGGGCGCUAAAGAGCGGGUCAGCCCCCGCUUAAGCUCUCUUAGCUGAUUUUGUCUGGUGGCUCCGCUGCCGAAAUUCGAAAUUUUGCACAUUCGCCAAUUGGGCUUGGGAGUCUGAAGCAGUCGUUCGGUGUCUAAACAACGAAGUCGCGCUUGUUCAACUAAAAUAUCACCUAAAUUCCCACCAAAGAUGAGUGCUUAAGUGAGUGACACAGACUGUAAGUGACUACAACGAAAAGGUCAGCGGCUUAGUGUUGGUUUAAGUGAUCCCUUGCCGCAAUGAGAUUGAUCUGGCUGCAACUCCUGGCUGCUGGGGGAGCUCUCUACCUAUCCAUCGGUUGUGCAACGGCCGCUAAGACGUCCACAAGCCGCGGAGUUGCACAAUACAAGCUCCCGCUCCCAGCUCCAUUGCUAGCCCAAGAAACUGCAGCGGUUUCAGAAGGGGAUCAGACCAGGCGGCGGCCGCUGCAGCAGAGUGCAUCCAACCAGCGGAGGCGCACUCAGGUGGUCCGGCGGCGCAGGCCAUCCUCCUCCACAACAACCACAUCCACUACCACCACCACAACAACAACCACAACUUCAACUACGACAACGACAACAACUCCACGUCCCACUUUGGCCAACGGAUUUAACUUCUUCAAUCCUAACUUCUGGAGUUUCGGCCAGCAGAGUCUGGUGGCAGUACGAACUCCCACCAAGCAGACCCAUCCGCCCAAGAAGUUCAGUCCCAAGGAAGAUAAGUCCAGCCAAAGAAAGGCGGCUAAGACCACUAGGAAACCUGCAGAGCAGAGAACUAGUACAACGGUUAGAACACCAAGUAGACCAUCCACAACGACUACACAUAAGCCCACUACGGAUGGACCCUUUCGCAUUGCCCUGCCCACAUUGAACUUUCCCAGCGAUAAUAAUAAGGAUAAGGAAAAGGACAAGGAGAAGGGAAAGCGGGCAGCAGCUGAGCUACGAUUGCGGUUCGAUUGUCCGCGAGAGAACGAGGUGAGGUUCCAGCUCUUCCCCAAGAUUUGCAAGGUGGAUCGCGAUUGUGCCGUCUGGCAGAGGGAUGAGCUGUGCUGUGAUAUCUUCGGAGCCAGCAGCUGUGUCUCCGGGGUUCCAAAGCCCCUGGAGGAGACUCCACAUGCACCCAUCUUGGGUUUAAUACCUCGAAAGUGUCCCAGUAGGCCGCUGGCGGAGCUCUGGUGGGAUGUCCAGGAGUGUAGCACAGACAUGGAUUGCUGGCCGCGGGUCUGUUGUCCAGAUGGGCGGAGAAGAUAUUGUCGCACUUCACAGCCGGAGCUAGAAACAGCCCCAGUGCCAGUGAAGCGCUCCUUCGACUAUCUUACGGAAUACCUAGAGUGCACAGCACCACCCCCGCCCAUUUUUGACCUGCAUCCUAAGGCGUGCACCAAUACUUUAGACUGCUUUCCAAAUGUGUGUUGCCAGGAAGCGGGUCUGCGGCACUGUCGACCGCCCAAGAAGUCCGUGCUGACACUCAUGGCCAACUUUCUGAACGUCGACUUUGUAAAGCGACUGGCCCAGAAUAUCGUUAUCAAGUAGGCCGAGAAUUUCCCACUAUUUUCUACCUUGUGUGCUGAGUGCGUCGAGCACCUUCGACAGAACCGUUUCGAAACUGCCGUGAUAUCUCGCCCGUAUUUGUUUGGCCACGCUGAUAACCAAAAAAAGAAGACAUGCUCGCACAUACAUAGAUUUCACAUACAUAUACUGCGCACUUAGUGUACCCCAAUCGAUUCCCCCAUAAUCCUUCAUUAAUGUUCACCUAGCCUAGUAUUAGACAUAAGCUGCAUUCGUAGGCUUACAAAGUAAAUGCUAACUAUAAACUUCGAGUAAUGAGGGUUUUUUAACUUGGAGGUCUUAGGGUGUGGCACCAUCUGGGUCAUUUAUGGUUAUGGGGUC